AUGUUCUUCAGGUUGUUGUCGCCCAGCGCCUUGCUGAUAACAGGCACGCAGAUCGUUGUUCAACAUUCUAGUCGAAUAUUUUCGAGAAGCUUCACGACAAUAAUGGCUGAAGGUGAUGACAAUAAGUGGAAGGAGGCUAAGACAAUUUAUGAAUUCAAUGCUUUGGAUAUUGAUGGCAAUGAUGUAUCCCUUGAGAAAUACAGAGGUAAAGUCUGUAUCAUAGUCAAUGUGGCCUGCAAGUGUGGUUUUACUAACAAAAACUACACACAGCUGCAGGACUUUUACACCAAAUAUGCAGACAAGGGACUGGCCAUUUUAGCAUUUCCAAGUAACCAGUUUGCUGGACAGGAGCCUGGGUCCAAUGAAGAGAUCAAGAAGUUUGUUAAUGAUACUUUUGGUGCCAAGUUUGACUUGUUCAGCAAGAUUGAAGUUAAUGGAAAGAAUGCUCACCCAUUAUUUAAAUUCCUCAAAAAGGAACAGAAAGGGACUUUUGGAGAUUUUAUCAAGUGGAACUUCACAAAGUUUCUGAUCAACAGAGAAGGUAAACCAGUGAGCAGGUAUUCUCCAAGUACAGAUCCUUAUGUAAGUUAUGUUUUACUUUUGUUGGGUUAG